AUGCGUCUCAAGGUCUCACUACCUCGGACUCCUCGUCACUCAGACACAGUCUCCGCAGUAGGGUGGGCUGGAGGAGAAGAGAUCUACUCUUAUGCGGAUGAUCACUGCUUACUGAGAUGGAACCUUACCAAUAUGGAGGCCACUACAGUGACGGAGUUGCCAAACAAUCUCUUUGCAACAUCGAUGCAAUGGUUUCCUCGCACUGGGAAGCGGGACGUCGCGAACGAUUUAUUCGUCCUCUCCGGCACCGAUGGCAAGAUAUAUUUUGUCAAUAAGAUGGGUAAACUCGAGAAGUCGUUUGACGCACACAAAGGAGCUGCACUGCAAGCGAGAUGGAGUCCAGAUGGAACUGGACUGCUCAGCUGUGGCGAAGAUGGAGCAGUAAAGUUGUGGUCAAGGAAUGGAAUGCUCCGAUCUGUCAUUGCUCAGAUGCUUAGUCCCGUAUAUUGCUUACACCCGAGUAAAAGAAGUACCCAUUAUAGUGUUUCUUUUGAUGCAGCUUCGGAUAACAUUUUAUUCACGAACAAUGAGUAUUGCUACAUCAAAUCCCUCAAAACACAGUCCCUUCCACUGAAAUGGAAAGCCCACGAUGCCAUAGUACUUUGCUGUGAUUGGAGCCUUGUUUCUGAGCACAUCGUCACUGGCGGGGAGGACUGCAAGUUCAAGUUGUGGGACAGAUUUGGACGGAAUCUUUUCUCCUCUGUUGUUUGUGAUUUUCCAAUAUCCUCGGUGGCCUGGAGUCCCAAUGGCCAGUGUUUCGCUGUUGGAUCGCAAAAUAUUCUGCGGCUGUGCGACAAAGCUGGGGCAAGUUUUCUGCAUAAACUAACCGUCGAAAGCGGUGGCCUGGAAGUUGUGCAAACAAAGAGAAACAUGCUGGAAGUGAGAGAUCUGAACGUAGAUCUUGCUCAAGAGACAUUAGAGACAAGGGAUAGGAUAACACAUACGUCCUUAGCUCACAAUCAACUGAUUGUUGUGACCACAUCGCAGUUGUACAUCUACAGCUCGAGGAACUGGAACACGCCGGUCAUUGUUGAUGUGAAGGAUAAGACUAUAGCCCUAGUCCUUCAAGCUAGCAGGCUAUUCCUCGUUUCUGAUGGCCAAAUUGUAUUGGUAUUCAAUUAUGAUGGUAGAAGUCUUUGUGAGGUCAAGGUGCCUGGAAUUGGAACCAGUAACAUAAGUGAAAAGACUAUAGCUUUAUCAAAUGACGUACUCGCCAUCAGAGAUCGAGGUGAAACAUCAACUAUCUGCUUCUUCGAUCCGACAUCUGGCAGAGCACUUGGCGAUGAGAAAAUUGUACACGAGCGUGAAGUUGUGGAGAUGACAUUGUCACAAUGUGGAAAGCUCAAUGAAAGGAUUUUGGCUUUUCGAGACAGUGAUGCGGCCGUUCUGGCUGCCAGAGUGAAAACAUACGGUAUCGCUCAGAGGAUAGCACGAAUUGGUUCUUCUGUGGAGCAUCUCCAUUUCAACAACACAACGAAUAUGUUGGCAGCAGUAGGUGAAGGACGAGUUCUUGUAUGGCCUGCUACAGAGAUUGCAUUUAUCGACAGAACGCUUUUACAACAAUCAAUCAUAGAAAAACCAGUGCCUGCUCUCGGAAAAUUUCCUAUUCUGCGCAGUUUUAUUGACAACGUGGUAAGUCUGCGUCGAUCUGACGGCUCUAUAGUUACCACUACGAUACCUCCAUUUGCUGAGGCUCUCCUAAAGCACACAGCGAACUCGAAAUGGGACCAAGCUAUUCGUCUUUGUCGCCAUAUCAAAAGUGAGGUCACAUGGGCCAUGCUUGCCGGUCUGGCUACUGCAGCGCAAAACACCUAUGCGGCUGAGAUCGCAUAUGGGGCUUUAGAGGAGGCAGAAAAAGUUCAGAUGUUAGCAGAAGCUAGAACACAUCCGAAUAAAGAAGUACGUAGUGCAAUGAUGGUUCUCCUGGCUGGAAAGGUCCCAGAGGCAGAUAAUCUGUUGGAAAAAGGAGGAAAUAUCUAUCGCGCUGUGAUGCUAAACAUAAUCAUGAUGCGAUGGUCACGUGCUCUUGAUAUCGCAGUGAAACACAACGCUUAUCUGGAAGUGGUCAUGGGUUAUCGCCAACGGUAUUUGGAAAAGCUAGGGAGAGAAGAGACUGAUGAAAAGUUCAUCCGUCAAAGAGGGAAGGUGGAGAUCGACUUCAAUCAUAUUCGAGAGGUGAUGGCUGAAGCCGAAGCUGCGGAAGAGAUAAAUAAAUGA